AUGUCUGUAAUGAAAGAUAUCACAAAUCUGACCUCUAUUUCUUCGCUGAACGGCCACGAGAGUUCUCCAGAGAGGGACAUUUUUGUUUCUUUCGAGGCUCCGAGCUUGCGGAGGAAGCGAACAGCCAAACAAGCCUCCUUGCAUAGAUUCGUCCAAUCUUCCACCGAAACGCUCGAAAACAUGAGCUCUGAAGAGGACUCAAGCAACAAAAGUGGACGCGAAGUGGAAGGAGAGGCUAACUCAGUGUUUAUGACUCCUGAGAGCGAACCUAGACUUAAAGCAAGCGCUCAGAAACGAAGGAGAUUUCGACUUGAAGGAAGCCCGCGAAACAGCGACUCUUCUUCUUCCGAGCUUUCAAGGACCCUGUACGGUCUCUCGAAAGUACAACUGGUCGAUUUGUUCAACGCAUUAGUCACAGAAAGACAUCCAGACCUCGAGCAGGUAUUUAUUUCAUUUAAACUUUUCACAAUGUGAGCUUGAAAUGGCAACUCGAGCUUUAAAUUCAGAGGGCGCCAUUGAUGCAGAACAAAAGCCAUAUUUGCAAGUCAGACAUUGUUAUGGUUAUUUAGCUAGCUUAUUAUUCUUUGAAAGUUAAAGGCGCAGUCUAGUUGCUAAGCAAACCGUUUUAUUUCUCUUAAAGGAACUUCAAGGUCUAAUCCCGGAGCCUGAUCUUACGGAAAUGGAAAAAAAACUGAAUUAUUUACAGCGAAAGAUAUACAAAUCAUUCCCGCACUCGCGUUACGGUUCCUCAAGCAAUACUUUUUGCUAUCGGCGCGUCAACACCCACCUAGCAGCCUUCAAGGUAAUGUGUGCGCAUUUUUCAGACGUAAAUUGUUCUAUAAUUCUUGUUUUCCUGAUUGCUGAAUUUGUAUAGGCAAGAGUAGCAAUAGCAAUCUUUCCUUGAAGGACUCAAGAAAGCUGUAUAAAUCUUGAUGAGAAUUUCUUGGUUUGCAAUCACGUGACAAGGUGGCCAUGUUGGGGUCAAUCAGAAGCAUAUUGCCCCGAAACGGGGUUAUAUGCUUCUGGGUCAAUACAGUGGAAUUUUUUCCCAAAGAAUUCACAUGAAAACAGAGUUGAGCUCCCAAAAGAAAGAACUGCUUUUAUUCUUGACCACCAGCAUGGCCACCGUGAUGUCACAUGCAAACUAGCAAUAAUAUUGCUAGUAAUAAUUGGAGCCAAUCUACAGUACCCCCCCGCCUCCCUCCUUCUCUCCUGCUCCCCUUAUGGCAAGACCAGACUUUUCAUUAGCAAGUUGCACUUUUGGGGUGACCGAAAAAUAUGUGAGUAGGGUUAGAACUCAGUGAUCAAAUUUUUUUGAUCUGUGAAUAUACCUCUGUCUGUGGGAUACAGGGAAGCAAGUUAAUCUGGCGACUUCUGACUUCUGUCUUUUAAAUGUAUUUGGGAGGAAACCGUCGUUGGGUGCCCCUGAAGCACUCCUACCAGUAAUUAUCAAACAUGAUAAGUAAACAGACAUGAUAGAUAAAAUACCAUAGAUUACCAUUGUGAAGCUGAACAACUUUUCUCCAACUAAACUUGUCUAACUAAAAUGGUGCCCUGGUUCUACAUGUGCCAUUUCUAAAAGGUAAAACUAUCACAGAUAGAAUAAUUUGCCAUAAAAACAAGAGUCUGAGAAUCUGUUUUACAUGUAUGCUGUACCAUAAAACAUGGAGGGUAACAAAAUUAUUUAAGGAUAGCUUGUGGCUCCUUUAUUGUAUCUGAAAUAUUUAUUUUUUACUGUCAUUAUUUCAGAAAGAGUGUGUGGGCCAAGGACAGACUCUGUUAGAUUUACAGCUGUGGGAAUUAUCACUAAGCUAUGUCCUUAUGGCUUGGUCAUAUGUGGAUGGCAUGCCAAAUUGGGAUAAUCCAUCACAUAACAAGAGCAAGGAACAGUGCUUUAAAGCUUUGGCUGUGCAAUGCAAGAAAGCCCUUACAAACCUAAAAAAUAGUCUUACUCAAGAAAAAUGCAAAGAUCUAAUAGAAAGGUAAGGUGAUUAAUAUAUCAUACCUUAACAUUCUUCAAAUAUGUCCCUGCAAGUGUAGUCCUCCCAAAUUCAACAAAAGCCUCCUAUAAUACUAAGGGGAAUUGUGCUUAACUCCACCUCAACUGCUUUGAAGUAAUUUUUCAAACCCGACUCCAGUGUUUGCCCCCAGUCUUGCCACACAGGAACCCACAAAUGCCAUUACUGUUGCCUGUAGGAUGCAGUCCUUGUCCCAAGAGAGAUAUUUACCUCACUGUAAGAAUAAGGAUCUUAAUAUCUGAGGACAGUGAAAGCAGUGAAAACAUCACUUAAAGUAAACAGUUAGUUUGCAUUCUUUCAGUCUUAACCAUAAUAUAACUAUAACUCAAACUUACUCACUUCGCCAAAUGUAGAGGAACUCUUCCAGAAACUGAAUUUUUUCAAGAGUCAUAUCCAAGUUCAGAAAGAGAGAGAAAAUCUCUUCAUGGUUUUUUUGCAUCCUCCAUAAAAUGAAAUUAUAUAGUACCAUGAGGGUUGAACAGUGGUCUCCUGCCCAGUAAACCGGCAUUUAUCCACCGGGCAACUGCAUGCCUUCUUUAGCCUUUAUGUUAUCUUGCUAGAUUUAAUUUUAUUAAUUAAAUUCCUAUUUAUUUCAGAGUGUUACAACCUAUCUGAUUUGCUUUGCCCACCUAGAUUAGCCCUGCCAUUUGCGGGUAGAGCAGUUUGUAGAUUUUCCGUCUUUUAUAAUGUUGAAAUAUAAAAUAAAAUUUGAGUAGCACCUCUUGUAUCUUGAAGGUCAAACCCAGAGAGUUGUUUGCUUUGCACUCAUGAUUCUGGUUUUUUUCUGUUGCAGGAUGCAAAGUGCAUGUGAGCAAGACAACCAACUUCAACCAUGUGUGAAACUUCUCACUAUCUUGGAGUCAGAAUUCUAGCCAUGUUUUACUCACAGAUAUAACAUUAUCAAACGGUUAACAUCAAAGACUUGUUUUAUUCUGCGACAAUCAACAGAUUAUUACAUACUCCUUGACUAAUGACCCAAAUAACAUUUCAUUUUUGG